UAUUUUACAAGUUGGGACCGGAAAUGACGGAAGUUUACGUGAAGGCUGCAGCAGCAGAGUCUGGUCAGAGCUGAAACGAGACGGACGCAGCAGAGAUGUGGUGGCUGCUGUGGGUGCUCGCCGCCUUGUUGGUUCUCUUCUGCUGCGUAGAUGUGUGGUACUUCUUACGGGUUGCCGUGGUGAUCCUGCAGGCCUGGUUUCAGCCUCCAGUGUGGGACGUCACAGCAGAGCAGGUCCUGACUGCCCGGGUGACCCCGCAUGACAUCGACAUGUGCCACAUGAACAAUGCUCGAUACCUGAGGGAGUGCGACUUUGCACGCUUCUCUCUCUACGUACGUAACGGUGUGUUCAAGGCAGUCCGAGCUCUGGGAGGCGCGUUGGUCGUGGGGGCUACCACCAUUCGUUACCGCAGGGCGCUGUGUAUAGGAGAGAGCUACGAGCUGCGCAGUCGGAUCGUCUCCUGGGACGAUAAAGCCUUCUUCCUGGAGCAGAGAUUUGUGUCUGCUAAAGAUGGGUUGGUGUGUGCUGUCAUGUACUGCAAGCAGAGUGUGAUACGCAGCAGCCCAGAUAAGAUCAUGCAAUAUCUGUGCAAAAGAAAGGUUGAGCAACCAGAGUUUCCAGAGGACCUGCAGCACUGGGUCAACUUCAUCUCUGCCAGCAGCCAGGCUCUCAGAGCUGAGAGUGGUCUGGAGGAGAAGAACAAAUAAGCUGUUAGUGCUAAUAAACCCGUUUAUCAGUCCAGGACUCUUAAGGAGAAAGAUGUUUAACUUCUCUGCACCACUACUUGACUAAAGCACAGUUGUGCCUACACACUUUGCACUGAUUAUCUUUACAACUCUAAGCUUUAGUUGGACUUAAGUAGAUAAUGUGAUGAAUUGUUUUGAGGAGUAAAAAUCUAAUUAAUCUGAUUUUUUUUUUAAUUGUAUUUGUAUGAAUGAGAUUCAUGUCCAUUUAUAGCAACAAUAAAACAAGUCAGAGUUA